AUGUUCGAGGCACGACUGGAGAGGAGAGAUCGCGGAAAGCCACAAAGCUUCGGGAUCACUUCCGAUGUGAAAAAUGAGGAUAUGGUUCUUGAUGCGGCGGGAUUAUUUCCUAUCAAGGAACCCUUCUUCGUCACCGCCAAAUUCUGGAAACGAUUUUCCGUCUACGCCUCCGUCAUCCUCUCCAUCGCCUCUCUCGUGAUAUCCUCCAUCGCAUCCCUCAAACCCAAUUCUGCUGCCGACAUGAAAGCCCUAAUAGUAACCAGCAUAAUCAUCAACGCACUCUCCGUCACGCUUUCCGCGCUCACUUCUCUCGAUUGGCAAAGCCAGGCGACGACGGAUCGGAAAUUCGCGCAGAUGUUGAGUCAGAUUAGUCAUGUGCAUGAGGGGAAGGAGGGAGGGAGGAUUGUGGUUUUGGGACGGGGGAGAGAGGAGGAAGAGAGGAUCAUGGGGGAGAGAGGGGGAAUGGGUAUGGGGAAGUCGUUUUGA